AGCCUGAACUUCAGUGUCUCAGCCGAUGAAGCACGAAGAGCCGAUCAGAAGCUGGGCGGAGCUUCCGCCGGAUUUGAUUUCAUCGAUCCUGCUCCGGCUUAACACGAUUCAGAUACUGGAGAAAGCUCAGAAAGUAUGCAGAUCGUGGCGUCGCGUCUGUAAAGACCCCUCGAUGUGGCGGAAGGUAGACAUGUACAACCACGGAGACUUGGGAAGCAUUGGUUUCGACCUAGAGAUCAUGUGCCGUCACGCAGUUGAUCGUAGCCAAGGCGGCUUGCUUGAGAUCGACUUGUGGUACUUCGGUACUGAUGAGCUACUCAACUACAUAGCCGACAGGUCAAGUAAACUGAGAAGCCUUAGACUCAUAAUGUGUUAUCAAAUAGGAGACAAGGGCUUUGUAGAAGCAGUUGCGAAACUGCCAUUGCUUGAAUACCUAGAGGUUACAUACGGCUCAAUUUCAAUAAAGUCUCUGAAAGCUGCAGGACAGUCUUGUCCUAACCUGAAGAAAUUGAGGCUAAACUCCGACUUUGAACCUCCCAGAUCUUAUAACGAUGAGUUUAAUGACAAACAAGCUCUAGGGAUUGCAGAGAGCAUGCCUGAGCUACGCCACCUCCAGCUUGUUGGGAAUACACUAACCAACACGGGCUUGACCGCUAUUCUUGAUGGUUGUCCUCACCUGGAAGACCUUGAUCUACGCAAGUGUUUCAACGUAAGACUUGCAGGGGAUCUGGAGAAGAGAUGCUCCGAGAGGAUCAAGGAGUUGAGACGCCCGGAUGACUCAACCGCUGAUCACCCAUAUGGAUUUAAGUUCAACAUUGAAGAUUUAUUAGGCCCCAGCUCCAACGACUAUGACUGGGAUGAGUUCGAUAGAUACUGAGCAAUGCAGAGUACAAUGUGGUUUUCGCUUCCCUUGUUCAACCUUAUGGACUUGUUCAUAUUCCUCCUAUUUUCUCUCUGUUUCCUAGUCUUUAAUCUUGGUGGAUGAUUUUGAGCUUUAACUCUCGUUUGAAGAAUGUGAUGAUGCUUUUCUUAA